GAUCAGAUAAGAAACCAUUUGCUCUCACUGUUUGCAAAACACUAGAAAAUGCUCCUUUACAUAGAAUUAAUAUUGGUGUCUAAAUGAUUCCUACUGUACUGUUUUAGGUAGUAGUGGACUGAGAGGUUGUGAUCCCCCCCAGGUUAAACCAUGGGAGACUGGUCCAUUCUCGGACGCUUCCUGUCCGAGGUGCAGAACCACUCCACAGUGAUUGGCAAGAUCUGGCUGACCAUGCUGCUGAUCUUCCGCAUCCUGCUGGUGACCCUGGUGGGGGACGCGGUGUACAGCGAUGAGCAGUCCAAGUUCACCUGCAACACCCUGCAGCCCGGCUGCAACACCGUCUGCUAUGACACCUUCGCCCCCGUCUCACACCUGCGCUUCUGGGUCUUCCAGAUCGUCUUGGUCUCCACGCCGUCCAUCUUCUACAUUGUUUACGUCCUGCACAAGAUCGCCAAGGAUAAGAAGCUGGAGGUCCAGAAGGGGCAGGGGAUGGCUGAGCGGACCUCCAAAAAGGUGUUUGGACAGCUGGUGAGGAAAGGGCUGGAGAACAUGGAGACUGGUAUGUCCACCUACUGCCCUGGAUACAGAGAGGAGUGGGGUGGUCAGGAAGGGGAGGGGGUGGAGCAGAGCCUGCUAGAGGAGGACUAUGGAGAGGUAGGGGAGGACCCAACUCAGCUGUCCAGCCAGGUGCUGCUAAUAUACAUCCUGCAUGUGCUGCUGCGCUCCGUCAUGGAGAUCACCUUCCUGUUGGGGCAGUACUACCUGUUUGGCUUCGAGGUGCCCCAACUGUACCGCUGUGAGACCUACCCCUGCCCCACCCGCACAGACUGCUUUGUGUCACGUGCCACCGAGAAGACUAUCUUUCUCAACUUCAUGUUCAGCAUUAGCGUGGGCUGCUUUGUGCUCAACAUCGCAGAGCUGCACUACCUGGGCUGGGUCUACAUCUUCCGCGUACUGUGCUCCGCUUGCUCCACCUGCUUCCAGCCCGAGAGCCACCCUGUGGGGCUGUACAACCACCACAACCCUCUGCUGCUGCAGCUCAAACACUCUCUGAGGGGCAGGCUGGUCCUGCAGACUCCCACGCCCAUGGCCCAGGAGAAGGCUGGGGGCCACCUUCUCACUCACGUCCCAGCCAUCUCCUUUGAGACCAACUCUACUGUGGAGUGCACCUCCAACAUGGAGUUGAUGGGAAGGAUCAAGAAGUCUUGGCUGUGAAAUGCCCAUUAUGUGUGAUUAUCGAAUUUAGCAUUUUCCACUUUUGAAACAACAAUGGGAAAGACAGGGUUUAUAGCAUAGGUUGCUCAGAUUGGGCUUUUGGAAAAAUUGGGAGAAUGAAAGUGCACUCCUGAUUCAGAGAGAAAGAUCCAGCUUAAUCAUCCAUACCAUUGUUUAAAUGACAUAAAAGAACAUUCAAACUGUUCCUGAGUUUCGAAAGACAGAGAAAGGAAAACAUCAUUAUCUUCAGUCUGUUCACACCUGUUCACACAAGGCCUACUGUCCACAUUCUCAGGGUUCUUCAAUACAACAACACCUGUUUCAGAAAACCUGAUCACUUUCACAUUCGAACAAUGUUUGUAGGAUACUUUUCAAUAACUCAAUAAAUAUAAGUGUUGAAAUCAUACAUAGCUGGUAACUUGAGCUCGACAGAGUACUUGUGCUCGGCAGAGUAGUUUUGACCUGUGUCCAGACACAGUCAUUUAUGUUGUCUAAAGGCAAUUUGUCUCUUAUAACAAUAUUAUUUUUCGGAAUAAUCUAAUUUAAUUGACUGGUAGGUAGUCACUAACUAUUUGUAGCAUGUGUGCCUCUGUUUAUUGAUAUGUGCAUGGUGUGUAUGUGUAUAGAUGUUAAGUAAUUAAUGUUGAAAUUAUCCAAAGGGUUUUAACUGAAAUGUUAAAAGUUGGUGUCUCAAUCUCAGACAUUUGCGCUCAUAUUUGUAAAUACUAUUUCCAAAAUGGCAGAAUCAAACAGUAUUGGAAUAGUGACUUGUAUUUUGCAUCUAGAAGUGUAAGAAUUUUAGAAGAAUGCUAUUUCAUCAGUCAAAUGUUGCACUGUUUGAUAAGACAGGGUAUGGAAAACCUCCAUUUUAAUGAGUUUAGUUGUGAGUUUGACAUUUUACCACAAGAGGUCACUAUAAUACUAUAAGUUAUCAAACAGGGUUGUGCUGAAAAUCAAAUGAACCACAGCCAAAUAAAUUAUUUGCAACUAAGAGUAAGAUUAGAAAAUACAUGUUUAACUUACUUCCUUGAUAAAUUACAUUCUAAAAUGUAAAUAUAUGUGAUUUCUGAGUAUUUAGUGCACAUAUCUGUUGAAGGCCCA